GAGCUGAUAGUUAUAUCCCUAGAGAGCAAUAUAGAAAUGAAAUAGGAGCUUAAAGCAGCAAUUUCAGUAUAACUCACCACUGAGAGGUCCAUUUUUAUUUCUCUGGAGAAACAUAGAGACAAAGAUGAAGAAGAAAAAGAAGAAAAAAAGGAGGUUUCUUCAUUAAAUUCCAGAUGAAGAUGUGUUCUAAAGAGGAGCUCUUCUUGAUUUCAUUCUUGCUGCUAUUUCUGGGAACAAUUAAUGGAAGUUAUAAUUGGAAACGCCAUUUUCAUAUAAUUUGAGCAAUUGAAGCUGAAUUCAGUCAUAUAUGUAGCUGCCCUUCUGAUUAGUGAGAGAGAGGGAGGACAAAAUGAAGUUUUGGAAGGAGUAUUUGUCACAAAUGUUGCCUGAGUGGAAGGAUGCAUACUUAGACUAUACAUAUCUCAGAACAUUGUUGGAAGACAUCCUCAAGGUGGAGGAAGAUAAAGGACAGACACAACAGAAAUCAUUGGUUCGAGACUUGAGAUUGUACAGGUCUUUCAGCGGGUUACACAAACGAAAAAGUCAUGAUUUCAUAAAUGGAGAAGAUAUUGAAGACCAAUUUAUAGUGGUCAGGGAAGUGGAGGGAGUAGGAAACUCUAUUGUGAAGUACGAGACUAAGUUCGCUGAAGAUGCAACUGAGCAAGAAGUAGUUUUCUUCAAUACACUUGAUUAUGAAUUCAACAAGGUUGAUAAGUUCUACAAGGACAAGGUUGAGGAGGUUAUGAGCGAAGUCACGCUGCUUGAUAAACAAAUCAAUGCGCUUAUUGCGCUACGGAUCAAGGUCGAGAAUCCGAGUCUUGAUAUGUCUGGUGCAGUGCGAGAGCUCGUGGCUGAUGUUGCUAGCUUAGCUACUACAGCUGUUUCUAACUCAAGCACCCCAAGAAUGCCAAGGAAAGAGCAAAUGUUCGUGAUACAAGAAGAAACGGGGACAGCAGAUGGAGAAGAUCUCGAAGACUCUAAUGGAGGUGUGGAUGUUGAUAAAAGUAAUGGUGGCAAUGACCACUUUAAACCAGCUCCGGUGGAAAUUCUUGAACAUGUUAUAAUCAACAAUGAACCAAGAACUCCAAAAUCAAAUAUAAAAGCCAUGCUCCUCAAGGAUUCCAAAGAUAAGAAGUUGAAUUUUAACGGGAAGCAGUUGAAAAGGGCUGAAGAGCAGCUAAAGCAGGUUUUUAUUGAAUUCCACUGGAAGCUUCGCCAACUAAAACGUUAUAGCUUUAUGAAUCUGUUGGCACUGUCGAAAGUGAUGAAGAAAUAUGACAAGAUUACGUUGAGGGGUGCAACAAAAUCGUACCUAAGAGCAGUGGACAACUCUUACAUUGGCAGCUCUGAUGAGAUUACUACGAUCUUGGAGAGAGUGGAGGCCACCUUUGUCAAGCACUUCUGUAACUCAAACCGCAGAAAAGGAAUGAAAUCCUUGUGGCCUACAGCAAAAAAAGGAAGGCACAAAACAACAUUCUUACUAGGAUAUUUUGCUGGAUGUACGACAGCGCUUUUAGUGGCUCUUGUUUUGGUUAUAAAUGCGAGGAAGCUUGUGAAUAAGGAAGGAAGAAUUCAGUACAUGGAAAACAUAUUUCCACUGUAUAGUUUAUUUGCAUAUAUCAUCCUGCACAUGCUAAUGUAUGCCGUGAACAUAUACUUCUGGAGAUGUUACCGAGUAAACUAUCCAUUUAUUUUCGGUUUCAAGCAAGGGACUGAGUUGGGAUACCGAGAAGUGUUUCUCCUCAGUGCUGGUCUGACAUUACUUUCACUAGCUGGUGUCCUUGCAAACCUGGACAUGGAGAUGGAACCAGGCACUCAAAGCUAUCAGACAAUCACCGAGUUAGUUCCUUUGGGAUUAGUUACUCUCGUACUUGCCAUAGCAUUUUGCCCCUUCAACAUUAUAUAUCGUUCUGGUCGUUUUUUCUUUAUCAAAUCAAUAUGGCGUUGUAUUUGUGCUCCUUUCUACAAGGUUACGUACAUUGACUUUUUCUUGGCAGACCAACUUACUAGCCAGGUCCAGGCCUUUAGGAGUCUUGAGUUCUAUAUUUGCUACUAUGUAUGGGGAGACUUUAGAAAGAGGCAUAACAAUUGCCGCCAGAGUGCCAUUUAUAAUUCGUUUUAUUUCAUUGUAGCAGUUCUCCCACACUGGUCUCGGUUGCUCCAGUGUCUCCGUCGAUGGGUUGAUGAGAAAGAUGGGUCUCAGGCAUACAACGGUUUAAAAUACCUCUUGACAAUAAUUGCAGUCCUAAUCAGGACAGAGUUCGAUUUAAAGAAGGGAACGAGUUGGAGAGUUGCGGCUGUAGUGAGCUCUGCCGUUGCAACAAGCAUGAGUACUUAUUGGGACAUCGUCAAGGAUUGGGGGCUUCUUCAACGGCAUUCAAAGAACCCUUGGCUGAGAGACAAACUUCUCAUCUCACACACUAGCGUCUACUUCAUUAUGUCAUGGUGAUUAACAUCAUUCUAAGACUUGCUUGGCUGCAAUACGUUGUGAAUUUCCACAUAACAUUCUCGCACCGAAGAGCCUUAACCACCAUAGUAGCAUGUCUGGAGGUUCUCCGUCGAGGGAUGUGGAAUUUCUUCAGGUUGGAGAAUGAGCACUUGAACAAUGUUGGAAAGUUCCGUGCUUUCAAGUCAGUCCCACUCCCUUUCAGUUACUAUGAUGAAGGCAGUAGUAGCAAGGAUGAUAAGAAAACUAACAUAUGAGACGUUACAACACUUGAAAGCCUGAGAGACAAUGGAAUAUCGCACACCCAGCUAUACAUAUUUAAGGAGACUUAUAUAUCUAUCACCGAGCAAAGUGUAAUUUUCCUUGUGAGCAAGCAAGGAAGACCGUAAUAGGUCCAGCGUCAGUAAUCAAAUUGCUCGUACUUGUCAAUUCAAGUUAUGCUGUUUUGAAGUACUGUCAGAUACCAUCAGCAGAGUGACUACCUAGCUCUUAUCUUUACGUCUAGCAACAUCCAGAAAUGAUUUGCUAGUCCGUUGGUUCAGUUAAGCACAAAGCUGAAAAUUUCCUGUUUCAUUUUAUUUCUCCAUGCCAAUCCUUCAACUUGUAUAUACAUUACUUGAUUUGUAUCCAAGAAAUAUGUGUGCAUGAUACUAGAAAUGUAAUGGAGAUAAAAUUUUGUGGGUUUUAAAGUGCUGAAAUUAGAUACUCCCACUUCCUGUU